CAGGGUUUUACCAUCGACCGGAAGCUCAAAGUCUGUUAUCUGAUCUUCAGUAUCGUGUCUUUGAAAAUAUUCUUUCACUAUUAAGAGAGGGAGAAGCAAUUCUGCAAGGCUUGGACUUUCAAAAAAAAACCUUUUCUUCCAAUUAUGGCCAUUAGCUCAGCCGAAGCCGCUUCUGGAACGCGCUUGACGAUUCGAUUGCCCGACGACUUCCACCAUCACUGCCGAGACGGAGCUAAGACAGCUGCAGUUCUUCACCAUGCCGUACAGCGGUUUGGGUACUGUCUAAUGAUGCCCAACUUGCAGCCUCCGGUGACGACCACUGAGAUGGCCUUGAACUACAAAUCUCAUAUCAUGGCGUCGAUGCCUGAGGGGUCGUUCCCAUAUUUCAAGCCAGUAAUGACUUUGUACCUUACUGAUAAGACAACACCGGACGAAAUUAAGAAAGCAUCUUCGUCAGGAGUUGUUGGAUGCAAGUUUUAUCCAGCUGGGGCCACAACAAAUUCUGCCUUGGGUGUAACGGACAUAAAAAACUGCUAUCCUGCGUUGCAAGAAAUGAGCGACCAAAAUAUGAUGUUGUGCAUUCAUUCCGAGGUAACUCAUGCAGAUAUUUUUGACCGAGAACCUGUAUUCAUCGAAGAAAUUAUGACACCGUUAGUGACCGACUUUCCGAAUCUCAGGAUUUCCAUGGAGCAUAUAAGUACAAAAGAAGCAGUUGAUUUCGUUCUCUCCUCUCCUGACAAUGUCAAGGCGAGCAUAACUUGCCACCAUUUGCUUUACAAUCGAAAUCACAUGCUUGUAGGCGGCAUUCGACCCCAUCUAUACUGUUUACCGAUUCUCAAAGCGGAAAUUCAUAGAUUGGCACUAGUUAAAGCUGCAACAUCUGGAAGUAAGAAGUUUUUUCUUGGAACCGACUCAGCACCACAUUCGACGGAUAUGAAAGAGGCUUUUUGCGGAUGCGCUGGAAUUUUCACGGCUCACGCUGCGGUUGAGUUGUACGCUGAAGUUUUCGAUAAAGUCGGGGCUUUGGACAAGCUUGAGGCUUUUUGUAGCAGCAACGGCGCGGACCAUUAUGGCCUUGAACGAAAUACUGCAACAAUUACUUUGGAAAAGAAAUCUUGGAGGGUUCCGAGAACGUUUGAUUUCGGUGACGGAAAGGGUGUAACACCCCUUCGAGCUGGAGAAGAAAUUAAAUGGUCCAUUGCUGCACAGGAAUAA